UGGAGCAGUGACGCGCAUGCGCGAAGGAUACGACGAAUGGAUACGGCAAUAUUUUGCGUCGUGUCACUGCUCCUUGUGUAUUGAGUAAUAGUUGUGGUUCAAGAACAAUGUCAGUCGUGGUAGGACGAAGAAUUUUAACGCAUUUUUGUAAAAAUCAUUUGAAGAAGUUGUCGACACGGACAAGAAUCCUUGGGUUUACUUCUGAAGCUAAAGAAAAGUCGCUUAACCUAGAAGAUGCAAAACCUGGAAUACCGGCUUCCGAAGCAGGCAAAAUUUUGGCAGCCGUGUUGAAGAAAUUCAACGAAUCCCUUAUUGUAGAAAAUUUAGAAUCCCCCAAAAUGUUACAAACAAACGAAGUUCUUAUUGAUGUUAAUUACUGUGCUCUCAAUGCAUCAGAUGUUUUAUUAUCUAAAAAUUUAUAUACAUUUGAACCAACUUUACCAAUGGUUCUCGGUUAUGAACUUGUUGGGAAAUUGGUUCAAGUUGGAGAAGAAGCAAAAAAGAAAGGGUAUAAAAUUGGCGAUAAGGUUAUUGCUCUUAAUAAAGAUCGUUAUGGAGGUUUAGCUGAGCAGUGUGUGGCAGAAAUUGCUGAUGUUUGGAAAAUACCAUCUGAGAUAAAAUCAUUGGAUGCUAUAGGAUUACUUGAUGAUUAUAUUACUGCUUUGAUUGCUUUAGAAAAAAAAGUUAGCCUCCAAGAACAUGAUAUUAUGUUUGUUAAUGUUGGUGUAAGUAGUACUGGGUUGGCAGCUGUUGAUCUUGCAACAAAUGUUUUCAAAGCUCAGGUAAUAAGUGUUUGUGCUACCGAAGAUGGUGCAGCACUUGCUAGGGAAAAGGGUGUGCUUGCAUCUUUUAAAUUUAAAGAUCGUACAUUAUUAAAACAAAUUGAGGAAGUAGCUGCUGACAAAGAUAUUAAAGCUAUUUUUGAUGAUGCUGAUGGUAAAUACCUUAAAAAGAUCCUAAGUUGCUUUACUGAUAUCUACAAACCCGAUGCAACGAUAAAAGAUUUGUCACGUGACGAUAGUUUUGCCGUGGUAUUGCACCAUCUUUCUCGCGAAGGUAGGGCAAUAAUUGCUGGCACAGCUACAAUUAAAUCAAAUGAUGAAUCUAAAGAUCAGGAAGGUAGUUUCAGUGUUACUGGAUUAAAUUUAAGAGAAUUUAGAAAGGCAAAUCCUGAAACAUAUAGACAAGCAGGGGAUGAUAUCUUAGAAUUUUUCGAGGAGGGUUUGAUUAAACCAACAUGUGUAUUAAAUGUUGGAUUACUUAAAAUAAAUGAUGCACUGGAAUUUAUUGUCAAUAAGAAAUUACCAGGAAAAGUCGUUAUUGAUAUAAAAAAUAGAUAGGAUAAUAUGUGUCUUCUAUAUUUACAGUAUUCAACUAUAAAUCUCAAAUCUACAUAAAUGUUAUAAUCACGAUCUGUUGAACUGACAUAUUGCAUUUUCUAUGGGGCAUAAUAAGAUUUAUAGAGAUAUUGUUGUGUAAGCAUGUAAGAGCUAUAAAAAUAUGUUAAUUUACACUGUACAAUAUUUUUAAUAAACCCUUUUUACUUUGCUAUAAUUG